UUCCUGUGUAUCCUCCCAGCAGCCUCCAUUCCUGGGCAACUUCCUGUGUAUCCUCCCAGCAUCCUCCAUUCCUGGACAACUUUUUGUUUGGAGAUUAUUAUCAACCUCUUUCUGUUGGACACUGAGGGGCCUGGAUGUAACAAGCUCAGCACCGUGGGCACCAACAGGUCUUCAACAGGCACUAAAAUUGCCCCAGAGCGCCAGUGAGCCGGAAGCACUAUGGGUUGUGCCAGGCAGAGCAGAAUGGAAGCCGGGGAGCCCCAGGACUGUACCUCCUGGUUACCUGAUGAGUUGGCAUUGCGCAUCCUCUCGUACCUUGAUGCCAAGGAUAUCCUGCAGGUGGCGCAGACUUGCCAGCGCUGGAGAGAGUUGGCUGAGGAUGAAGGCCUGUGGCAGGGAAAGUGCAAGGCUGAUGGGAUUGAGGAGCCGCCGCACAUAAGCACAGCUACAGGCUCUAGGCCCCGCCCAUGGAAAAGCGCUUACACCAAUCAGCUCAGGGUCGAUACCAACUGGCGCCGAGGGAGAUUCAGGACAAUAACACUAAAUGUAAAUAACCCGGAUUUUUUGUACAGGGACUGGGACUUUGAUGGGAAGGAAAUGGUUUGUCUGAUAGUUGGGAAAACAAUAGAGAUCUGGUCGGCAGUUACGGGCGAGUGUCUCAGGACCUUGGUGGGACACACAGAUGGGGUCGCGUCGGUUCAGAUCAGAGGUCACAUGAUCGUUAGUGGAUCCUGGGAUCAGACACUAAAGGUAUGGAAUGCAGAGAGCGGGGAAUGUAUCCACACGCUGGGCGGCCAUACUGACGCUGUGUGGUGCAUGUAUAUCCAUGAGAAAUGGGUAGCGAGUGGGUCACGUGACGGCACCAUCAGAGUUUGGGACAGUGAGACGGGGCGGUGCCUACACAUCCUAUCGAUGGAGCAGAAUUAUAUCGUAUAUAUUCGCUACGACGGCCGGCGGGUGUUUAGCAUCGAUGAUCAUUCCGUACUGAAAGUCUGGGACCAGGAGACGCAGAGCUUUUUGCUCACUUUCCCGUGCCCCAUUCCCAACAUCCGGCACUUUGAGUUUAAUGGGGCCCAGAUAUUGGCGGUUACCAGGGACGGCGCAAUAACCGUGUGGGACAGGGAAACCGGGCAGCGCAUCAGAACCAUAACGGACCUUCAGGACUAUAUCGCUGCAGUGUCACUGAGGGCCAACGCGCUCGUGUCGGGGGAUACGGACCCACCGGCCCUGUCAUUGGACUUUACAACAAAAGCCGAUUCGGAGAGAUUUCAUCGCUAUGCGGAGAAUAUGCGACUGCGCAGGAAUUUUGCCUUGAGCAACACGGGGUUCGGGCCGGUGCCGCUCUGGGACCUGAGCUCAAAAACCAGUUUGGCAAAAAUAAGUGUCGACCAUUUCAUUGUCUCUAAUGCAAAACUCGUCUGCUUAACGAGAAACCUUCAGGAAGUAAAGGUGCUGGUUCUGGACUUUGGGGAACGGGGGGGAGAGGAGAUAAAUUCCUUAUUUGCCCCCCGACUGGGCAGCAAGAGGUUAAAAUGACGCUGAGACAUUCUAGGUCGGGAUCAGAAUGGGUCGGUAUCUGUAAGGCAAAUACAGCAGGUGAUUCACAGAGAGAGCAGAACAACAACGCUUUAAAGGGAAACUAUACCCCCAAACAAUGUAGGUCUCUCUAAAUAAUAUAUUGCUUCAUCUAAAUAAACCAU